GUAGAGGCUCGGGUGUUCUCCGACAGUGAAGCCCUGCGCUCCAUAGGCCCCUUCCCCACGUGCCGGGGGGCUGCCUUCCUCCCCAGAAGUCUCUCUGCCUAAUCCCCCGCCCGAAUGACCUUUUUUCGCACAGGUCAUUCUUCAGCCCGAGCCCUCCUCCUUCUGUCAGCCUCAAGUCCCAGUGCCGCCCUCGCCCCACAUCCCUCUAGGCAGACACGCACCCCCACGUACGUCUUACCCGGUCUAACUCCCAGACCCCUCACAGCCUUCAUUCUCCUCCCUAGAGCGCUUGCGCGGUGAUGGGGAGCCGUGUCCCGCAUGGAGAGCAGGUCGUGGUACCCCGCUGAGCGCUCCUUCGCUCCCUCCCUCGCCUCUCUUUGCAGACGGGCACCAUGAAGUUCAAUCCCUUCGUGACCUCGGACCGCAGCAGAAACCGCAAACGGCACUUCAGUGCCCCGUCCCACGUGCGCAGGAAGAUCACGUCGUCGCCACUCUCCAAGGAGCUGCGGCAGAAGUACAACGUCCGCUCCAUGCCCAUCCGCAAGGACGACGAGGUCCAGGGGGUUUGACGACACUACAAAGGUCAGCAGAUCGGCAAGGGAGUCCAGGGGUACAGAAAGAAACGUGUCAUCUACAUCAAGCGGGUGCAGCGUGAGAAGGCUAAUGGCACGACUGUCCCCGUGGGCAUUCACCUGAGCCGGGACCAAGCAGUGGUUAUCACCAGGCUAAAACUGGACAAAGAUCGGAAAAAAAUCCUUGAACACAAAGCCAAAUCUCGACAAGUUGGAAAAGAGAAAGGCAAAUGUAAAGAACUUACUGAGAAAAUGCAGAAAUGAAGUUAACCUGUGGCGCAGCCACGGUUUAUCUGUAGAUUAUUUGCCUGAUGUGUAUUCCUUUGAAACUUUUCAAGAUGUCUCUGGAACAGUUCAUUUCCUUCCUGUUUUGUUACUGAUGUGUCUCUGUAAAUCUGCUUUUGCUGUUUCAAUUAAUAAUUUUAUGAAGAAGACCUGGAAAUGUUUUCUAGUCCUGAAUGGUAUUUAUUGUUUUAUAGAUAAAAUCCAUCAUAUUUUCAGUUCCCCACUGCCAGUCUUUCAUGUGUUUCAUCUACAGAAAAAAGAUGCUAAUACCUGCACUGCCUUCCUGUCUCAUGGAAAACACAGAAAUGAAAUGCCAGGAUCAAAUGGGCUAUUUCUGAGCACACUUUGAAAGUGUGAGUGGGUGCAUUCUAACAUUGCUGUUACUGUCCAGUUAACUUGUUUCCAAUUCUGACAUUCACUUUGCACUCAAAAAAGCAACGAUUUUUUUCACAAAAGAUUGGUAAGCUCACAAACCAUAGAACUCAAUGUGCACAUUCUGACUUUGUGACAUUGACUUAAGAGUAGGCUCUGGUCUUUGGACAGCCAUUUUGUGAGCCUCUGUUUCCCUGUUCUAUGUAAGAAGCCGGGAAUGCUUAUCUGCAAGGCUGUGAAGAUUAGAACAGCAGUCCACCAGACUCCCCAGAUUUUAGGAGUCCCUUGGGUGCUUGCUAAGAGUCUCCGCCUCUUUGCCUGGAGAUUCUGUGAUGCAGCAGGUCUGAAGAGAGACCUCUUAAGGUCUCGUGUGCCUGUGUAUUUUUCAUACGGCCCUUGUAUGAUACUUAUGACCAGGGAAAUGUGGGAAAUUGUCGAUUAGGAUGUAUGUAUAUGUACCCACAGCACAUAAAAUAGAGUGGGUGCCCACACACAGUAGCUGUGUUAGCAUAUUGAGCUGUUCUGUCUAGCAAGCAUAAUAACUAGGUCGACCAGUAAGGGCUUAGUUUGUUUUUCUAAUUUGAGUUCUGUCUUCAUUCUCAUCCAGCACAUGUUUUAGGACUCCAAAUUUGUAUAAAAGUCAGAUUUCACACUAGAUUAAAUUCACAGUAGGAUGACCUCUUUGGAUGCCUGGUCUGGGCCCAAGGCUCCCGCCGUUACUGUCAUCAUUAAACUUAAAUUAUGAUAUUUCU